AAAAAGCACUGCUCAACAUCACUUCUCCAUUCUAUUUCUCUCUCUCUCUAUUUUUGCAGGGAGCUCUUCAAAAUGGCUCCUGCUGGCUUCCCCUGUUUGGCCGCGCUCUGCAUAGUCCUCCUGAGCUUGAGGCCCAUUCUUAGCCAGGCCCAGCCCGUUUUCGCGUGCGAUGUGGCCAACAAUCCCGGGCUGAAGAACCUGAGCUUCUGCGACCCGUCAUUGGACGUGCAAGCCCGGGUGAGCGACCUAGUGAGCAGGCUCACUCUGCCGGAGAAAAUCGGGUGGCUCGUGAAUGCUGCCAAGGGGGUUCCCCGCCUCGGGAUACCCAACUACGAGUGGUGGUCCGAGGCCUUGCACGGCGUCUCCAAUGUCGGCCCGGGCACCCGCUUCACCUCCCUCGUCCCGGGCGCCACUAGCUUCCCUCAGGUCAUCCUCACCGCUGCCACAUUUAACGAAUCUCUCUUUCACACCAUUGGCAAGGUAGUGUCGACGGAGGCAAGAGCAAUGCACAAUGUAGGGUUAGCCGGGCUGACAUACUGGUCGCCCAAUGUGAAUAUCUUCCGUGACCCGAGAUGGGGACGGGGGCAGGAGACUCCGGGAGAAGACCCCGUCCUCUCCAGCAAAUACGGGGCUGCGUAUGUGAGAGGCCUGCAGGAGAGAGAUGAUGGCGAUAAGGAGAAGCUCAAGGUUGCUGCCUGCUGCAAGCACUACACGGCUUAUGAUGUCGAUAACUGGAAAGGAAUACAGAGAUACAAUUUCAACGCUAUCGUGACGCAGCAGGAUAUGGACGACACAUUCCAGCCGCCGUUCAAGAGCUGUGUUAUCGAUGGAGAUGUGGCGAGCGUCAUGUGCUCUUACAAUCAAGUAAAUGGCAAGCCCACUUGUGGUGACCCUGACCUCUUGGCUGGUGUCAUUCGAGGCCAGUGGAAGUUGAACGGUUAUAUAGUUUCGGAUUGUGAUUCGCUGCACGAGAUGUUUAAUGCACAAAAAUACACUAACACACCGGAAGAAACAGCUGCAUUGGCUGUGAAUUCAGGGUUGGAUCUCAACUGCGGUACUUUCCUCAGCGACUACUCUCAAAAAGCAGUCGAUCGUGGCCUGCUCAACGAGACAACCAUUGACAAAGCUGUCUCAAACAACUUCGCAACCAUGAUGAGGCUGGGAUUCUUCGACGGUAACCCCACCAACCAACUCUAUGGCAAGCUCGGACCUAAAGACGUUUGCACACCAGAAAACCAGAACCUUGCUCGUGAAGUUGCACGACAAGGCAUUGUGCUGCUCAAGAACUCCGCUGGCUCCCUCCCUCUAUCCUCUGCUUCCAUCAAGUCCUUGGCCGUUAUCGGCCCCAAUGCCAACGUAACACACACCAUGCUAGGCAACUACGAAGGAAUUCCAUGCAAGUACACGACCCCGUUGCAGGGCCUAACGGCCUCAACAGCCACAUUGUAUCAGCCUGGUUGCGCUGACACAUCAUGCGCCACAGCUCAAGUGGACGCGGCCAAGAAGGUGGCCGCAUCCGCUGAUGCUGUAGUGCUGGUGAUGGGAUCGGAUCAGUCCAUCGAGAGGGAGAGUCUGGACAGAGUGAACAUCACUCUCCCAGGGCAGCAGCAGCUCUUGGUAUCCGAGGUUGCAAGCGUCUCCAAGGGGCCCGUGAUUCUCGUGAUAAUGUCGGGUGGAGGAAUGGAUGUGCAGUUCGCCAAAGAAGACCCCAAGAUCACGAGCAUCCUGUGGGUCGGCUUCCCCGGUGAGGCAGGCGGGGCUGCCAUCGCUGACGUCAUAUUCGGGGCCUACAACCCUAGUGGGAGAUUGCCUAUGACAUGGUAUCCCGAAUCAUAUGCUGACACGGUCGAUAUGACGGACAUGCACAUGAGGCCGAAUCCAGCCACGGGAUUCCCUGGCCGGAGCUACCGGUUUUACAAGGGCCCCACGGUCUUCUCAUUCGGGGACGGGCUGAGUUACACUACGUUUAGUCAUGAGUUAGUCGCGGCGCCUAAGGUUGUGUCCUUGGCUCUGGAAGAAGGGCAUGCGUGUCUUUCGUCCGAGUGCAAGUCGAUCGAGGCUGUGGAGGAGAGGUGCGAGAAUUUGGCAUUCGAUAUUCAUUUGAGAGUGAAGAAUGUGGGGGAGAUGAGAGGGAGUCACACGGUUCUGUUGUUUUCAAGCCCUCCGCAGCAGCACAAUGCACCUCAGAAACAGCUGGUGGGAUUUCAGAAAAUGCAUAUAGAGGCAGGGGGAGAAGGGGUGGCUCGAUUCGACGUCGAUGUUUGUAAGCAUCUGAGCGUUGUGGAUGAGAAUGGGAAGAGAAAGGUUGGAUUGGGGGAACAUCUUCUUCAUGUGGGAAGCUUGAAGCAUUCGUUGACAGUGAGGGUUUGAAUGUAUUCUCAUUGGGGGUAUAUUUCCUUUUUCUUAUGUUUGCUCUGUUUUAAUCUUUCUUUUCGGAAAGGGAAAAACAAAGAAAUUGGAGGGUGGAAAUGGCAACAAUGGGUAGAGAAUGAUUUAUAAGUUAAAAUCACAACUGUAAUCAGUUUCUUCUUAUUUCAAUGGAAAUAUGCCAUUUUUUUUUAUAUUA